AUGACGGCCCCAUCACUGAGCAUUGAGGAAAGCACAAGGUACCUGACAGCGCUCGGGUAUCGUGUGUCUGCGCCGCUCUACGCCGAGGUUGUGACUGCGGCCAAUAUGGAAGGAUCAGGGCGCUCGCUAUGUGAGGGCUUCACCGGGUCCUACUCGCUGGGCUUGCACAUCGGUGCGAUGUUUCUGAUUCUCUUCGUGUCGCUCCUCGGCACUGCGAUCCCGAUUCUCGGCAAGUGGAUCCCGUGGCUCGUGAAGUUCCCGUUUGUGUUCUCCGUGGCGAAGUCCGCAGCGACUGGCGUGCUGCUGUCUGUAUCGACGAUUCACCUGAUCUACGAGGGUGCCAAGGCGUUCUCGGAGAACUGCAUCCCCGCACCGCUGAAGACGUACGGCCCUCUGUACUUCUUGUUUGCCCUGAUUGGUGUGCUGUUGAUGCAGGCGCUGGACAUGCAGCUGGCGGACAUCGCGGAGCGCUGGAUAAAAGCCAAGCUGAAGGCCGAGGCCGAGGAGACGAACACGGAUAACAAGGACGACAAGGCGUGCCGCGGGCUCUCUUCUGCGGUGGAGGUCGGGGUGGCCUCGGGGCCAGCACAGAGCGAUGAGGUCCUCAUUGAUGAGCGUGCGGGCGUGAGCGCUGAGGGCAAUGCGAAGGCAACGGUGCUCGUUGCUUCGCUGAAGGAUUGCGAGGCGCCGCUGUCGCCGAAGCACCAGCACCACUUCGACGAGGCCGCUGCUCACGGCCACCAGCACCUGUCAGUUGCGCCGCCACCAGACAUGGGCUCCAUCACCCGCGUGAUCUCCGCCGUGUGUAUGGAGUUCGGUGUGACGCUGCACAGCGUGUUUGUUGGCCUGACUGUUGGGCUGACGACGGACAGUGAGCUGAAGCCGCUGAUCGUGGCGCUCGUGUUCCACCAGCUGUUCGAGGGCAUGGCGAUGGGGUCGCGUCUGGCGGAUGCGAAGUUCAGGACCAUCCUGGAUAUUGUCCUUGCGCUUGUGUUCGCCACCAGCGCACCAGCUGGCAUGGCAGCGGCCGCGAUUGCCGUGUCCGUGUCGCCGGCUGCGAUGUCUGGCAGCGGCUUCGUCACCCUCGUUGCUGUGCUGGACACGCUGUGUGGUGGUAUUCUGCUGUACCUCGCCUUCACACUGCUGCUUGGCGACUUUGUGGCGGACGUGAGGCACUACUGCGCGGAUGGACAGAGGUACCGCAUUGCGAAGAAGAUCACCCUGUUUGUGGCUCUGUGGGUGGGGAUGGGGCUGAUGGCACUUGUGGGCAACUGGCUGUAG